AUGUCAUCCAAUGGCCAGAUGUCAACAGAGGAUGCGACUCUUCAUCCGACUCCGGGAGUCACUUCUUAUUCCAUGAAUACAACAUAUCAGAGAUUAAACGAUGGUCCUGCUGCUGACUCCCCGCCAGCCGUCACCGCGGAUGAUGACUUUUCCAACCUCCCUCUGGAAUCACUCUAUGAUUUUAUCAUGGACUCCUCGGAAAGUUAUUUUGGAUGGCACAUUGGCGAAGAGACGGACCAUAUGAAGACCCUGAAUACGAAUGCCCCAAAUACACCCCCCGCAAACUGGCUUCCAGCUGCUUAUGACUCAACUGCGCUUGAGACCCGCGUAGAUGAGCAAGAUACGACCCAAGGUCUUCCUGCGCUUCUACCGUCAUCCCACUUAAUAAGGGAUGCCCAGCCGACUGAUACCCCAUGGCCACACGUCUACAGACCAAGCAAGGAUGAUAGUCGGAUAAAUCUGCCUCCUGUCUCUCAAAAAUCUCGACCAACACUACACGAGGCCCAUUGCGACCAUGUGACUGAGUCAACCCGCGAAGCGAUGUUAUCGCUGGUCGGCAUGUCUCACCAAUCUCACUGGCCGACAGUUGAUGUGACAGCUUUCCCAUCAACUCAGACAUUGACGGUUUGCAUCAAUCUCUAUUUCCGCCAUUUCCACGAGACUCUUCCGAUCCUUCGACGGUCCACUUUCAGAAUGACGGAGGCGAACCCGGUCCUGCUUCUUGCCAUGGCAGCCAUUGGUGCAAUGUAUUCAAGGAAUGGGUUGGAUGGACUCGCGGUGGCCCUGAAUGAGCUAGCUAGAAGAGCCAUUGCUUACAUGAGGGAGAGCGACCGACGAGCCAUGUUUGAUACAUCUGUUGUCCAGGCUUGGCUCUUGCAGUCUGUUUUUGGGUUGUUCUGUGGCUCGCGAAUGCUCUAUCAGCAUGCGGAAAUCAGUCGAGGCGGUCUUGUCACGGCUGCACGGAGGAUGCAUCUCCUUCGUCCUAGUUUGACCUUUGUUAAAGAGCUUGAGCGACGAAAAGACACGGCUACUCCGGAAGAGCUCCGCCGAGCGUACGCAGAUGAUGAGGAGCGGCGUCGUCUGGGAUGGGGAAUAUAUCUUUACGAUAUGCAAAUUUCCUGUCUGCUGAAUAUUUCGCCACUUUUCUCCGUUGGAGAGAUUAAUGUGCCGCUUCCGAGUGACGAGGAAAUUUGGAAUGCACCUCCAGCUGCCAUUGAUUUUGAAUCAGAGUUGUUUCAGCCUAAAACUUCGAACUUCCGGACCGUCUUGGAUUCGCUGCUUUCAGCCGGAAAGCUGCCGCAACCUCUGAACCCAUUUGGCUUCUCAUUGAUAGCUCACACCUUAUACAGACUUUGUACGGACGCUUCUGCAUUCGAUCCUAUCUUUUCUCAACCUUCCGUCGCGACGGAUUCUUUUCCGUACCGGCUGGCAUUUCCGCCGAACUUCAAGCAUAACCCACAGGAACUAUUAGAUCAGCUCUCUGCUUCUUGCUACUCUUCGUCAUGCAUACCGAACUCGCUGAUCGUCAGUGUUUCGGCCCUUUCUCAUCUGGGUCACAUCCAAUUUUCUUGGCCCGGCUUUCUUGACAACAUCAAAAUCGCCGCGGGCAAAUCCGGGACGGAAGAGAGCAAGAGAGAUGCAAGAUUGUGGCUGUCAGAGCGGAUAGCCGAGGAUCCAGUCGGUGCCAGAUCGAUCCUCGUCCAUGCUGGCCAGCUCAGCGCGCUUCUUACGAGAUUUCCUUUUGACAUGCCGUCGGAGACCGUUUGGAUCUUUGACGUUGCCCUCACAUUCUGGGCCAUCAUCAAAUUCGGGGGAGGACUGGGUGGUGAGUUUACGGGGCAGAACCGAACGACAAUUACCUGGUCUGAGUUUGAUGAUGUCGAAGGAUGGAUUCGUAAUGGCGGUCCAGUGUCGUUUCAAGGUCUUGGGGACCUGGCAGAGCUGACGGUAUCAAAAAUUCUGUCGACCUUUUGCGAGAGGCUAGAAAAUAUGUCCUGGGGGAUCGCGCAGCGAUUCAGACACGUUUUAAUGAAUCUUAGCAGAGAAGAAAGGUGCUUCUAA